AUGGCGCAAUCAUCGAUCAUUAUUCCUUUCUACGCAAGUUUUUUUGCAUUCUAUUAUGUACUUUUAUCAGUGCGUGUUAUAAAGAACAGAAUUAAAAAUAAAAUAUCUCUUGGUGAUGGGGUUCUCGAAUUUCUCAGUUUCGUCGAUCAAGAACGUUCAAAAGAACAACCUGAUGAAACUAAAGCACAAAAACAUCCUUAUGCCCGAAGAACUAUUGAUUAUUCUACGUAUCGUCACGUUCAACGUGUUGUCAGAGCUCAUGCAAAUUUCGCAGAAUAUGUUCCAUUCACAUUAUUAUUAUUAUUCUUUAUAGAAGUAAAUAAUUAUCUCUCAUCAUUUUGGUUACAUGUUGUUUGUUCUAUUUUUUUAUUUGCUCGAAUUGCUCAUGCAGAUAUAGCGUUUAAUAAUGAUGAUGAUAAAUUGGCACUAUCUAUGUGGAGACGAGUUGGAGCUGUUUUAACAUUUUUUGUUAUUAUUUUCGCGGGUUUUAUUAACGGUUACAAUUUUCUCUUUCAAUAG